GUUACGCUCUGUUUCAUCCUCAUACGGUAUAUUCAUCCAACAUGUCUGCUCCACUAAAAGACGUUAAACCGCCUGUGGCGCGUCUUGACUCGCUCGCGCGCAGAACGCCUGCGGCGACACCCGCCGCCAGGGGCGGGCUCAAGUUCAAGCCUAAGACUGUCGCAAGACGGACCAAGGAGGAGCGUGAUGCAGACGCGCCAGUAAUGGUAGAGGCCAAGCCAGUGCGUGCAACGCGUGGGGGCAUACGUGGCAGAGGGCGCGGUCGCGGCGGCAGAGGUGGCAUGACCGGAACACAUAUGGUCUCUACCGGGCCCUUGGCCUCGGGCGACGCCUUCAGUGCGCGUGCGACGCCCAGCCGCACCUGCUCGAGCUCACCGACCCCAGACUACAUUGCCGGCUUGAAGUUGAAGACGGAGCGUAUUUCGCACGGCGAGGAUGAUGACGAAGACCCGAACGACCCCAAACGCAUUGACAUGAGCAAGGAGUACCGUUUCGAUGACAACGAGACGGUCUUGUUCCCUGUCAGAGCGUUGCGCGAUGAGGCGUCACCAGAACCGGAAGAGGAGGUGAAGCUGGAGGUUGAAGACGUGCGGUCCUUGUCACCAGAGUCCGAUGACAAACCGAUCAAGGGGAGGCCUUUAGACGAUAUGGUGGAUAAAUUGCACGACACAGAGGAUAAACGCGUGGUGUCUGACCAUGCCAGGUUGACUGCGUUGAUAAAGGCGUUGGACUUGGGCGAUGUGGCGAUGGAGACCGACGAGGCGAAGCCGACCAGCAGAAAAUUCAUUUUGUUCCAGUUGCCGAAGCAGUUGCCAUUGUUUGAGAUGGUGGCCAAGGAGAAGGAAGAGGAUGUAGUUGAGGUUGAGGCAAAGUCUGAGGCCGAUGUCAAGCCCGAAGCUGCUUUGGAGGGCCAGGUUGGGAAGUUGCGCUUCCACAAGUCCGGAAAGAUCACCAUGAAGGUGGGCAACGUCGUUAUGGAUGUUGAUAGAGGUGCCAAGGCAAACUUUUUGCAGGAUGUGGUGUUGGUCAACCGCAACUCGUCCGAGAGCAGGGCCUACUCGUUGGGCCACAUCGAUGAAAAAGUCAUCGUCACCCCACGGUUUUACUAGGUGUAUAUUAACUUGUAUUAUAAGAUUGCAAAUUGAACAUAAUAAUGCUGAAUAGGCUUUGAGGGGUAAGAAG